CAUAACACACACCUUUUCAAACAAUUCAACAGCUUACUUGACAUAUCUUAACUCCACAUUCCACAAGCAUUAUUCUGCAGACUUAUACCUUUCUAAAAUCCUACCACAACACUAGCCAUAAUGAGCAGCGGCGGCGGUCAAGGUGGCGGUUUCUACAAGUAUCGGUGCAAGCACUUUUACACUUACAACUGCAUGAAUUGGGUCUGGGUCAACUACGCUGCUUGUGCUACUUGCCUGGCCAUGGGACGGGGAGAAGAAUCGGAAGUCGUCCCAUCGGCAACACGCUUCGAGAUUCGCGUACCUCGGGCGCUAGAUGGCAUGCUGUCCUACGAAUCAGCCUGGGUUGCCCCUCCCGUCUUUACUGGAUUCGAACCAACACUCAAGACCGACAAUCCAUCUAUGGGCGGUAGCAACACCAGCCUUGGUGAUUUCACUCCGGCAUUUAGAGGGUCUCCUCCCGAGGUCUAUCCUACAACAAUGACGACAACUGAUACACCUCGGCCUGUCAUGGUCACGACAGGCGCUCACAGAAUGAGCUAGGUGGAAAGAGGAGACAUACAGUACGCAUAAGCACACAAAGAUCGACAGAAAUAUCCAUGGGUUAUCACGUUUUACGGGUUACCUUUGUGCCGGAGAUUCGACACGGGAAGACACUGGCUCGAAUGAUUUUCUUGAAAGGGGGGAAGGAAGGACUUGGAUACCGGCGUGUUUUAGGCGCCAUGAGAUUGCUGUUUUGAUACCCCCUCAUAUAUACGGAGCUUCAAAGGGCACUGGGUUUCUUCUUGAUUGCAUUUCUCUUUUAGCAGCAGCACACGGAAUCAUCAUCUCAGUCAAAGUGUAUUGCUAUCUUGUGAAUAACCAUGCCACGAAUGCAUGCAGCACCAUCAGAAGCUUCCCACACGCUCCAAUGAUCGACCACGCAGUUCACCC